AUGAAGUGUUUAAACUUCAAUGAUCGACCAGUACAUUGGAUGUCGAAUGCAAAAGCCUGGGUAACGCAGGAGAUUUUCAGGAGAUGGCUAGAAGAAUGCUUUGUGCCGGAAGUCAAACCUUAUCUUGCUAAAAAAGGACUGGAGUUUCGAGUGCUUCUCGUAAUUGACAACGCUCCUGGGCAUCUGCGCGUCGAGCACCCGAAUGUGCAAAUUGUAUUCCUUACCCCGAAUACAACAUCUUUAAUACAGCCGCUCGAUCAUAUUAAAACUACCUUCCGCUACAUCUUGGAUGAAAUCGAUACAGGCAAUGCAUCGACCAUAAUAGAAGCGUGGAAGUAUUUUACAAUGCGUGAAUGCGUAGAAUCCAUUGAGGUUGCAGUGAAACUGUUGAAGAGGUCAACGUUAAAUGCCUGCUGGAAGCCAUUGUGGCCUGACUGUGUACAUUCAUCGAUGCCAGCAAGUAACGAAGAGGGCGAAAUACUUCUUCUAGCCCAUGCUGUUGGCGGUGAAGGAUUCGAUGAUUUUUCCACCGCAUAUAUUGCGGAAAUGUUAAGGGAACCAUUUUUCGAGGAUGCAGAUUUACUGGAUUAUGUGAAUAAUUCAGCAAAUAUUGAUCAUGACGAGGAAACGGAAUUCACCGAGAGCAAGAUUAAGGAAGGUUUGCAACUUGUUGAAACGCUUGCUGAUUUUUUUGUGACAAACGAUCCUUGUAUCGAGCGAGCCAUCUCCUUCCGUAACGAUCUAAGGCACUGUUUACUACGAUACACCGAGCUGGUAAAAUACGAGAAGAAAACUACCGAAAAUGCACAGCUAAACGGCGAGGAACCACAACCUGUCGAUAGCCCGUUGAAACGCCGACGAUGUGGUGUUAUCUACGAUAGCGAUUAA